AUGUCUGAAACUCGCCUUUUCACUGCUCGUCCAUUGUCAAAGCAGCAGGCACGGAAGGAUCUCAAAGAUGCAUUUCGUGUAUAUCUAUCUUCCACUUCGCUAGCCGGUCUAAGGAUUCAAACAGAGAGCAUCUGCACGCUCCGGCAAGGCGAUGGCCCACCGCAGACUGUCAUAGCAUGGUACGCGUCAGAGAAUAUCCAGAGUACAGUCGUGCAAAUAUCAAGGACACUUCAGGAUUGCUAUGACAUCAAGAUCGGAGAGAAGGUUUCUAUCACUAGGGCCGAAGGCUCGCUAGAAAAUAUCGACUUGGUGACAUUGGUGGAUUCUUCAGACCCUGAGAAAAUUGCGAAACAUGGCUCAAUCUCAGAAAACGACAGAUCCCACUGGGAAUGGGCCCUAGAGGAAAAGCUUCUCCGAUGCGGCUGUUUGACGACUGGCUUGGGGUUUGAGCUAGAACUCAAGGGCCAACUCAGGAGUUUUCGAGUGGUUAACAUACAUUCACAGAACCCUCACUCUAGUCAUACCCUUUUUCAAUUCACAGAGGCUUCCAAGGUUUCCCUUGGCCCAGUCACAGAGAGAAUAGAGGCAAAAUCAUCAGGUAUAGCAGUGCAAUCUGCUGGCCUUGGAGGCCUCUCCCGCCAGAUCGACGACAUCAAUGAAAUCUUGUCUGAUUUUAAUAUUGACCCGCGGAGGCCAGCGAUGCCAUCAUUCUACGAGAAAACUCGAGGGAUUCUACUCUAUGGACCAAAGGGAACUGGCAAAACAAGUCUUCUCGCACAGAUCGAGAAAGCUGGCUGGAACCAAACAUUCAAAAUCGACAUGUCAACGUUGGGUAGAAGUAUCAACGAGGGCGAGCUCAAGCUGCGCAAUAUAUUUCAAGAGGCGGCUCGCUCUAACCCCAGUGUGAUUAUCAUCGACCAGUUGGAAUUCAUUGCCCCCAAGCGCGCUUCAAUUGAAUCCCAGUCCCUUGCGUCGGUCCUUUGCGAGAAUCUAGAUGCUAUUCGAAAUACAUCGAUCCUCGUGGUGGCCGCAACGAGGAACCCCAAUCAAGUUGAUGACGCCCUCAGAACGCCUCAUCGACUUGGAACGGAAAUUGAGAUCCAAGUCCCUACCGCCCAGGACCGAGCUGAGAUACUCCAUGCCAUUCGCGGGCCAGUAUCUGCCGGGUUGACCGACGAGAUUGUAGAACUACUAGCCGAAAAGACGCAUGGUUACGUUGGAGCUGACAUUUUCGCCCUCCUCCAAUUGGUCUGCCGCAAAGCCCGACGACGAGAACUGUCAGGACAGAAUUCUAUAGGCAUAUCGGUCAACCCGAUAGACCCAUAUAGCUGGCACCACGGAGGCUCCAUCGAUGAUGAAUCGGCCAUCUCAUUAGAGAUACAAGAAGAAGAUAUUCUGCUCUCCCUGCAGGAAAUCCGUCCCACAGCUAUGCGGGAAGUGUUCUUGGAAACCCCAAAGGUGAGAUGGUCAGACAUCGGUGGCCAGCAUGAUAUCAAAAAACGCCUCCAACAAGCUGUUGAGCGACCCUUGAAGUACCCCCAACGGAUGAAGAGACUCAAUGUGAAAAGUAAAAAGGGUGUCUUACUUUAUGGGCCACCAGGUUGUUCCAAAACAUUGAUGGUCAAAGCUCUAGCCACAGAGGCAGGGUUGAAUUUCCUGGCAGUCAAGGGCGCAGAGAUUCUUAGCAUGUACGUUGGAGAGUCUGAGCGAUCAUUGAGAGAGAUCUUCAGAAAAGCCCGGGCAGCACGACCAAGUAUUGUAUUCUUCGACGAGAUUGAUGCCAUUGCUGCUCGACGCAGCAGUAGUUCGGGAGGAGUCAAUCUUCUUACGACACUGCUAAACGAAAUGGACGGUAUCGAGGAGCUCCGAAACGUGUUGGUCAUUGCUGCAACCAACAAGCCGGAUGUCUUAGAUCCUGCAUUGAUGCGACCUGGGCGAUUGGACAAUAUUCUCUAUAUCGGCCCUCCGGACUUUGAGGCGCGUCGGGAAAUCUUGCGCAUCUGGGCCAAUAUGUCUGUGGUGAACCCAGAAGUCGACUUGGAUAAGCUGGCAUCUCUGACCGAGGGCCAUUCUGGUGCCGAGAUUGUGAGCAUCUGCGAAACUGCUGGAGAUGCAGCACUUGACGACGAGGAGAAAACACAACAAGAGCAAGAUGUGCAAUGGAAACACUUUGAAUAUGCACUUGCACAAGUGCGGCGGCAAAUCACCGAUACUGUCAUCCAAGAGUAUGAGCGAUGGAGAGAGGGCCAGAGGUAA